GCGAAUGGCAUCACUACCCUGACUACACGGCCUAGCAGAUCGAGCAUUGAAAGGAUCGGUUCUCUUGAAGAGCUAGUUUAGCAUGCUCAACAUGAAAGCAGACGAGAACAGCCUUGGUAGGCCUGCACGAGCUUGACAGCACGUAGCCUAAUGAAUAGAGCUGAUCUGAUAGAUCUCAAAGCAUAUUUGGUCGGCUAAGAGCCUGUACACGGGCAUUGGAUCAAGAAGAGCAAAUCAUUCGAUCCCCACUCCAGGGGCAUCGAAAUCGCCCGCCAACCCAAGUGAACAAUUUACAAGAUCUUCUUGAUCUUGCUGGAAUGUGGGACUUUGGAAAAGUGCCCCUGCAACGUUACACAUUACGUUGGGACCCUCAUAUUGGAGGAGGAAGCUGGUGACUGAGUGGACAAAAAGAGAUAUGUCUGUCUGCAAUGAGCACACUUGGAGUGGAGCAAGCAAGCGCAUGGCCAAGCACCCAGUAGGCAAGAUAAAACCGAAAUAGCAACAUGGUAGGUCCCAUAAUGGCGUGUCGUCCACUUCAUUCUGAAUCCCCGAGGGCCAUGAUGACGUUCCUUCGAGUUCCGAUGUGGACUAGUCAACCAGUCAAGGGUAAUCAGGGGAACAUUGCGAUACGAUUGCAGAAAUUGGCCACACUUGAAGUCUGGUAGAAGGCUCAAUAUGCGUAGUAGAUUGUGCGAGGUUUCAUACAAAAUGGGUCUCGUCGACGACAUCAAAGACUAGUGUAGGCGUCAUGCAACAAGGAUAGGAGUAGUCAUGGCAGGGUCGGUGAACAAAGUGCCGGAAAAGGCAACCCCCUGGAGCUGGUGGCCCCUGAGGAAUGUAGGGUGGAGUCGAAGAGCCAAUUAAUGUGUGUAAUGGCCAGCAAUAGAAGGGUAGCAGUCGAAGUCGAGGUUGAUGUAGUAGAUAAAGCCCGAGUGGGGCCCAUCGCCGUUUGCGGACCUCUCGGUGGUCCAAGCUCCAGAAGAAAUGCACGUGACUAGACUACACCGUCGAGUCACCUGACUAGAUUAGGGCUUAGGGCCGGGUAGGAAGGCGCGUCGUCACGCGUCCGGACGGCGCGUUAAUGGGCUUGGCCGAGCAGGGAGAAGACAUACAGCAAGUGUGAGGACAGGCGAAACAUCCCGAUCCCAAGCGCAAAGACCUCGAAUUUCCCCCAGGAUGCCUCAUUCUGAAUCUCCAGGAACAUCGCCGACUCAUCACAACGAUGAGGGAACUCUACCGGAUGCCCCUCCAGUAGACGCGACUUCCAGUGCCGCCGAAAGCAACUCUGAUAACCCGCAAAAUGAAACGACAGGAGAAAACCUUGCGGAACUCCUAUUUGACGAUGACGAUGACGAUGAAUACCCUGCAUCGAGUGCGCCAGACACGAAAAAUGUACCUCCGGCGGUCGAGUGAGUCCUGACCCGUCGAUUGAUACGACAAUUCAUGAGAGAUGCUAAUACCGACAUCUUCAGAUCCUCUGCGCCUCCACCGGCCAAAGUAGAUACCGACACCAUGCUUGCUUUUUAUCAGCGCCUUUUCCCAUUCCGAUAUCUGUUCCAAUGGCUCAACCAUGGGAUCGUCCCUUCUCCAGACUUUGGGAAUCGUGAAUUUGCCCUCACGCUUCAGAAUGAUGCCUAUCUCCGAUACCAGUCCUAUACAACCGCAGACCUUUUUCGGAAAGAUAUCUUGAAAAUGAACCCUUCGCGUUUCGAAAUCGGACCUGUGUAUAAUACAAACCCGCGUGAUCGCAAAACGCUGCGAGGAGGCCAGAUGAAACCCAUCUCGAAGGAGUUGGUAUUCGAUAUCGAUUUGACAGAUUAUGACGACAUCCGUUCUUGCUGCGAGAAGGCGAAUAUUUGCGGCAAAUGCUGGGCCUUUGUGACGAUGGCCAUGAAAGUUGUUGACACCGCUCUACGCGAUGACUUCGGAUUCCAACACAUCCUCUGGGUGUACUCCGGUCGUCGUGGUGCCCACGCCUGGGUUUGCGAUCCUCGUGCGCGCAGUCUUCCUGAUGACCGACGACGGGCUAUUGCAGGAUACUUGGAUCUCAUACGGGGAGGAUCUCAAAACGGCAAACGUGUGAAUUUGAGGCGACCGCUACAUCCCCAUAUGGCUCGGAGCUUGGAAAUCCUGAAACCCUAUUUCGCCCAGACUACCUUGGUCGAUCAGGAUACAUUCGCUGGCUCUGAGCAAGCGCAGCGACUUCUCUCCCUGCUCCCCGAUAAAUCGCUGAAUGACGCCCUGCGCAAAAAGUGGGAGUCAUCGCCGGACCGCUCCAGCACCAGCAAAUGGGCCGACAUCGAUGCUCUUGCUAAAACGGGAAAAAGCAGUACCCUCAAACCUACCGCUCUCCGAGAUGCCAAACAAGAUGUCGUGUUAGAAUACACUUAUCCGCGGCUCGAUUCCGAAGUCAGUAAGAAAAUGAUUCACUUGCUGAAGAGUCCCUUCGUCAUUCAUCCUGGUACCGGUCGUAUUUGUGUUCCCAUCGAUGCUCGAAAGGCAGAAGAUUUUGACCCUCUCUCGGUCCCUACCGUUACGGAGUUGCUUGCUGAAAUUGAUGCCUGGGACGCAGAAAACCCCAAUUACUCUGGAGGUGCCGAUACGGCGGAUGCUGAAGGGAGUGUGCCCAAUGGCUCGGAUGCCAAGGGUGGUCGGAAAUUGCAAGACUACGAGAAAACAAGCCUUAAGCCCUACAUCGACUACUUCCGCUCGUUUAUUGCUGGGCUUCUCCAAGAAGAGCGCACGGGUAAAAGGGAGCGCAAUGAAGAGAAGGUCGAAAUCAAAUCAGAAAGUAUGGAAUUCUAAAUCUCUCGAUUUGUGCCUUGUCUUCACCUUGAAGGGUGUAUGAUACCGUAUCUUUGACGAUCAUUUGGGAUUAUUUCAAGCGGGUUGGGAGUUAUAUUAUUCUGUGAUCUCAUCAUGUUCUGGCACGCCAUUAUGAUGGAUUCUGGGCGUUUAUAUUUUAUCAAUUCAAUCCACCCUACAUUCGAAUAUCAGUGACUUAAGCACCACAACCCAAGAACUCGGAC